AUGGCUUUCCCUGCAGGAUUUGGAUGGGGGGCAGCCACCUCAGCUUAUCAAGUGGAAGGAGGCUGGGAUGCAGAUGGAAAAGGCCCUUGUGUCUGGGACACAUUCACCCAUCAGGGAGGAGAGAGAGUUUUCAAGAACCAGACUGGCGAUGUAGCUUGUGGCAGCUACACUCUGUGGGAGGAAGAUUUGAAAUGUAUCAAACAGCUUGGAUUGACUCAUUACCGCUUCUCUCUUUCCUGGUCACGUCUGUUACCUGAUGGGACGACAGGUUUCAUCAACCAGAAAGGAAUUGGCUAUUAUAAUAAGAUCAUUGACAAUUUGUUAGCAAAUGGGGUCACACCCAUGGUGACCCUCUACCACUUUGAUUUGCCUCAGGCCUUGGAAGACCAAGGAGGUUGGCUCUCAGAGGCAAUCAUCGAAUCCUUCGACAAAUAUGCCCGUUUUUGCUUCAGUACGUUUGGGGAUCGAGUCAAGCAGUGGAUCACGAUAAAUGAGCCUAAUAUUUUUGCUGUGAUGGCAUAUGAGUUUGGUGUAUUUCCUCCUGGUGUGCCUCAUGUUGGAACUAAGGCUUAUCAGGCAGCUCAUAAUUUGAUUAAAGCUCAUGCCAGAUCCUGGCACAGCUAUGAUUCCUUAUUCCGAAAAGAGCAGAAGGGCAUGGUAUCUCUAUCAAUUUUUGCUGGCUGGGCAGAACCAGCAGAGCCCUACUCAGUGUCUGACCAGGAAGCAGUUAAAAGAGCCAUGGCAUUCCAGUUGGACUUCUUUGCUAAACCCAUAUUUAUUGAUGGCGAUUAUCCUGAAGUUGUCAAGUCUCAGGUUGCCCUCAUGAGUAAAAAGCAGGGCUACUCAUCAUCACGGCUUCCAGAAUUUACAGAAGAAGAGAAGAGGAUGAUCAAAGGCACUGCUGAUUUCUUUGCUGUGCAGUAUUACACAACUCGCUUAGUCAAGAACCAGGAGAACAGGAAAGGAGAACUGGGUUUACUCCAGGAUGUGGAGGUUGAAGUUUUUCCAGACCCAUCUUGGAUAAGUUUGAAUUGGGUCUGUGUGGUGCCGUGGGGAAUACGUAAGCUACUGAAAUACAUUAAGGAUACGUAUAAUAACCCUGUAAUUUACAUCACUGAGAAUGGGUUUCCCCAGGGUGACCCCACAUCUUUUGAUGACACUCAGCGCUGGGAGUAUUUCAGACAGACAUUUCAGGAACUGUUCAAAGCUAUCCAACUUGACAAAGUCAAUCUUCAAGUAUACUGUGCCUGGUCUCUCCUGGAUAACUUUGAGUGGAACCAGGGAUACAACAGCCGGUUUGGUCUCUUCCACGUUGAUUUUGAAGAUCCAGCAAGACCCCGAGUCCCUUACACAUCAGCCAAGGAGUAUGCUAAGAUCAUCCGAAACAAUGGCCUGGAGGGGCCUCCAUAG